ACGCACAGUGAGCGACCACAACAAGGCAGCGUUACGUAAGAGCGCAGCCGGAGCACGCAGAGGAGCAGUGAAGCUGUGCAGCUCCACCUGGAAACUUUUCCUCUGAAACGCGCUUGUGUGUGUCCGUCCUCAGCACCUCUCUGCUCGGCGUCCGCCGUCCCAACAUGUCCUCCUACAACAACACGGCGCGGCUCACCGAGGCCAGGAGGGUGGCGAUAUUCGGCGGGACGCACGGGAACGAGAUGUCCGGCGUAACGCUGGUGAACCUGUGGAUGAAGAACAGCGACGAGAUUCAGAGGAAGGGAGUCGAGGCGAAGCCGUUCAUCACCAACCCGAAGGCUGUGGAGAAGUGCACCAGAUAUGUGGACACGGACCUGAACCGAGCCUUCACCCCGGAGAACCUCAGCAGUGCCCCAGCAGGAGAUGAGCUGCCCUAUGAGGUGCAGCGAGCCCAGGAGAUCAACAAGGAGUUUGGACCCAAAGGAAGUCCAGAGGCCUACGAUGUUAUCUUUGACCUCCACAACACGACGUCCAACAUGGGCUGCACCCUGAUCCUGGAGAGCUCCAAAGAUCUCUUCAACCUGCAGAUGAUGAACUACAUAAAGAAAGCCAUUGCUCCAGCUAGUUGUCUUGUUCUGCUGAAUGAACAUCCUCUUCUGAAAUAUUCCACUUCACGCUCUGUAGCCAAGCACCCUGUUGGUCUGGAAGUGGGUCCUCAGCCUCAAGGUGUUUUGAGGAGUAACAUCUUUGAAGCUAUGAGAGUAAUACUGAAACACGCCCUGGACUUCAUCGAACUGUUCAAUGAAGGCAUGGAGUUCCCGUCCUGCACGGUGGAAGUUUUCCGGGUGUCAGAGAGGAUCGACUACCCCAGAGAUGCCAACGGGAACAUCAUUGCCAUGGUUCACCCCAACCUGCAGGACUGCGACUGGGAGCCGCUGAACCCCGGUGACCCAAUGUUCCAAACGUUUGACGGAAAGACCAUCCACUACCAAGGCUCCGGCACAGUCUAUCCCACUUUUAUUAACGAGGCAGCCUAUUAUGAGAAACAACAGGCGUUUGUGACCACCAGGCGAGAAACCUUGGUAGCCAGUGCCAUCAGAAAGGCAUGAAAACUGCCCCGUGAGGCUAUCAUGAAUAGCCACAGCAGCAAUCUGUGUAUAGAUUUUGCACUUUGCUCUGUUAGCAAAUGACACACUUUCUGCACAUAUUGACUAGAUACCAUCUUUUACACACUGAUUUAGUUUUUUAUGCAUUUACUAUCAGUGAAUCAAUUAACUAUGCAAAGAAGAUUUGUUAGGGCUUUGCAAGGAGCCACUGUGAAAGUCUUUGAUCUGAAGACUGGUAUACUGUUGUGGUAAAUAUUUAUGAUAAUGUUAUUUAAAAAUAUAUAUUUACAAUAAAUCAACUAGGUUUUUGCUAUAUAAAGGCCAGUCUUAAUUAUUGAUGGCUUAUGAAUCAUUAUAAACACUCUUUAAGUUUCCAACUACUGCUCAGGAAGGCAAGUGAGGAUCAUAACCUGCAACUUUUGACCCAAAACUGUAGCUGUUUGUCUUCUCCUGAAAAUAUAUUUGUAAAAUCUUUUGGGGGGGUGUCUUGUGGCCUUUGAUACUACCUACCUGAAACUCCAGUGGUUACAUCUGUGGUGCUGUCCUACUGUUGCCUUAAUCAAGUUUUUAGAAAAAAAUUGCACAAUAAAUUUGGAGUGACAUUUGUAGUUUCUAUGUGUUGGAUAACAAGUUAUUAUUUUGAUAAGAAGCAGUACGUGUUCUGUUCCUCCUCACAUGUCGGAUGCAGUGUGAAACAUGUUUUAUAAUAAUAUCUGUGUCUAUUUUGAUAUCCUUGUACUGUGCGUUUUGUUUGAAGUGACGUGUAGGCCUUGGUGACUCAUGGAAACCAUCUGUACUUUCUAAUGUUUUUAUGUGGUGUCCAAGUGCAGCACUGUGGUCUUCAAGUAAUUUCAUUUCUAAAUCAGCAAUAUUUCUUUAAGCAACAUUUGUAUGAUUCGUAAAAAUCACUGUCCUAGAAUUCCUGUGGAAAUUGCACAAGCAAUAAAUAUAAUACUACUCUA